AUGAUAGUUGGGUUUGAUAGAGAGGAGUCCUCCUGGAGUAAUACUAAUACGGACAAGGAGAUCCUGGGCGGCCAGGUUUGUGAUGUUUGCUAUGCUCCGGAUACUGAGGGUGUAGAUUUUACUAAAACUCACGGACCCAAGAAUGCUGUUGAUGGUGAUAUCUCAACCUGGUGGCAAUCCCCUCCUAUAUCCAGGGGAAGAAAAUAUAACAGGGUGGAUCUAGAAAUAGAUCUUUUACAAACAUUUCAGGUUGCGUAUGUUGUUGUAACAAUGGCGGAUUCUCCUCGGCCUGGUGUUUGGUCCCUGGAGAAGAGCGUGGACGGGGGGAAGACCUAUACUGCUUGGCAAUAUUUUGCCGGCAAUGAUGCGGAGUGCCAGAAAUAUUUUGGAAUGCACGCUAAUAUGAAGAUUAAGAACGAUGACGACGUCAUCUGUGUCACUGAAUUUUCUAAGGUUCUACCAAUAGAAGGAGGAGAAAUAUUCGUUCCUCUAACCCAGGGUCGACCUAGCCAGGAUAAUAUUCAAGCCAGUGAUCUAAUGAUGAACUGGCUUAGAGCAACUAAUAUCAGGUUGAGGUUGAUGCACACAAAGACCAUGUUGGGGCACUUGAUGUCAGUAGCUCAGGGGGAUCAGAGUACUACAAGGCGUUACUACUACUCAAUCAAGGAGAUCUCUGUGGGAGGUAGGUGUGUCUGUAAUGGACACGCCUAUGUCUGCCCGCCCUCCCCUCUAGAUCCUAAUAUUCUUCAGUGCGAAUGUCUUCACAAUACCAUAGGUUUAAACUGUGACCAGUGUGCUCCUGGCUUUACUCAGAAACCAUGGCGAAGGUUUACCAAGGAUGACAGUUUUGAAUGUGAGCCCUGUAACUGUAAUGGACACAGCAAUAAAUGCCAUUAUAAUCAAACUGUUGACGCACUAGGAUUAUCUAUGGAUAUAUCUGGUAUGUAUGAGGGUGGAGGUGUAUGUGAGGAGUGUAAGGAUUAUACUACUGGUAUAAACUGUAACACCUGUAUAGAAGGGUUCUACAGAGGAAUAGGAGUACUACCCAAUGAUACUACUCCAUGUGUACCUUGUGAUUGUGGAGAUGAUCCGAGGUAUACCGGGAGCUGUGCGGCGGAGAGUGGCGAGUGUGAAUGUAAACCUGGAUUCCGUGGGGCGGAUGAUUGCUCCGCCUGUGCCGAGGGAUAUUAUGAUUAUCCAGACUGUAAACCUUGUGAUUGCUUUCCAGAUGGAACAGAGUUGAGUGAGAAAGGAGCCCCCUACUGUGUGAGUGAGGGUACCCUGCAGUGCCCCUGUAGACCUGGGUUUGGAGGGGAGUUCUGUGAUGAGUGCGCUCCUGGAUUUUUCAAUUUCCCAACCUGUUCACCGUGUGAAUGUAACACUAGAAACAUACUGGAUCCCUCCAAUACGGACUGUGACAAGGAAACUGGGCAGUGUGUGUGUGAUCCUCGAUACAGUGGACUCACUUGUGAAGAGUGCAAUCACGGGUUCUUUAACUAUCCACAGUGUACAAGUUGUAACUGUGACCCUCAGGGUUCUGUAGAGGAGGUUUGCAGUAAACAAGAUGGAACAUGCUUGUGCAAGGACGGCUACGGAGGAGAAAGGUGUGAUCGUUGUUCUCCUGGUUUUUUUGGAUAUCCAGAUUGCAAACCUUGCAAAUGUUCACAACAGGGAUCUAACUCUGAAAUUUGUAACGAAGUGAGUGGACAAUGCCCCUGCUAUAGUAACUAUGCAGGACGUCAGUGUGAUACCUGUACUCCUGGUUACUACAGCUAUCCUGACUGUAAAAUGUGUGGUUGCAACAGCUUUGGCUCUAUGGGACUGUCUUGUGACAACAACGGUCACUGCAGCUGUCUUGACAACUUUAUGGGCAUCAAGUGCGACCAGUGUGCACCGGAGAGGUUUAACUUCCCACUGUGUGAGGAGUGUAACUGUGAUCCUAAGGGAGUUGCUGAUGAUUUCUUUCAACGAGGAGGUUGUGGAAAUGUUCCCAAAGGAGAACUGUGCUCAUGUAAGGAGAAGGUGACUGGUAGAACUUGUAAUGAAUGUAAACCCUUAUAUUGGAAUCUUCAGAAAUGGAGACCUGAUGGUUGCGAAGGAUGUGACUGUUACCGUCCUGGAACUAUUGGAGGACUAGGAGUGUGUGAUCUGAAUAACGGACAGUGUGCCUGUAAACCAGCUGUAGACGGGUCUAGAAAAUGUGAUGAGUGCAAGGAUGGAUUCUUUAAACUGUCAGGGAACAAAAUCCUUGGUUGUGACAGCUGUAACUGUGAUAUGGGUGGUACUGACUAUCUACCUGGAGAAAUACCAGUGUGUAAUAAGGAUUCUGGAGCAUGCGCCUGUAGAUAUGGUAUGGAAGGAAGGCGAUGUAAUGAUGUUCAAUCCAUGCAUUAUGUUCCAACUCUUUUUCAGAACAAGUUUGAGGUUGAGGACGGAUAUAGGGCGGAUGGAAGCUUGGUAAGGUUUGCCUAUGACCAGGCCAAGUUUCCAAAUUUCUCCUGGAGAGGAUAUGCAGCAUAUUCUCCUCUACAAAAACAAGUUCUCCAGGAUAUAACAUUGGAUAAGAGUUCUCUAUACCAGAUGGUACUUAGAUAUCAGAAUCCCAAUAGUGUUCCAAUAACCGGAACUGUUAAGAUGAGCAAGCCUGAAAGUGAUACAGUUGCAGUAUUUCACAAGUUUGUUCUAGAUCCAACAUAUGGAGACCCUGCUUUUGUAACUGUAUCUGGAGAAACUGGAAUAUAUCCCUCCCCCUUUGAUCUUGAGCCAGGACAGUGGACUGUAUCCCUGAAUAUAGACAACAAUGAUGGUGAGAAUGCUGAAGUAUUGGUUGACUACUUUGUUCUUGUCCCAAAUGAGUUUACGGAGCCUCGUAUUCUCAGGUAUGAUGUUAGGGAUCCUUGCCUUCGGGAUGGAUCCCAGGACUUCUGUCGUGACUAUAUCUAUCCUGUCGCUAAUAUGUAUCCUCAUGUUGAUUCUCUGGAUGCAGUGAACCCAUCCGGAGCCGGAUUCUAUCCAUAUACCGGACAACCAAAGGAUCUGAAGAAUACAGGUGUAGAUCAUGUUGUACAGAUUGCAAACUUUCAACCUGAGCUUAAAUGGACCAAUGUAAAGAAUAAAGGUGGUCCACAUGCCAUUGUUCUAGCAUAUUUCACACCUGACAGAACCAACGGAACAUCCAUUGGAAUGAGUGCAGGUCAGGGGAUCCCUGGAGAAGCAUAUAUCUAUGAUUGUCCAUUCAAGCAUGUUUGCAGGCAGGUAGUGACAGACCCUGAGGGAAGAAUUGCAGAGUUUAACUUAACAAGAAGAGACACAACUGUGUCAGUAAGAGCUCUCAGUCCAGAUACAAAUGUUGCCAUUGACCAGAUUUACUUGAUUCCUAUAGAGAACUGGUCACCUGACCUAAUUACACCUUUCUCUAGAUGUGUGAAAGAUAAGUCAGGAAACUGUAUGAUGCCCCGCCCCUUCCCAGUAGCACCUGAUGAUUCAAACAUAUUUAUACCUGAGAAAAAAGAAAAUGAGGCUAGACCCCGUUACUUGACAGAUGAUGAUGUUCCUCUCCUGAAGAUCGGAGGAAAAACCCCUGUAAGUAAUCUGGGUGGAGAGGUUCCCAAGGAAGGAGCUUAUGUCAUAGUUGCCCAGUAUUACCAGCCAGACCAUCCAGAAGUAAUUGCCAAGGUAUCAAUCACAGAUGGACGAGGUCCAAAUAGAGAAGGAGGUGAUCAACUCCCUGCUGAUAUAUUUAAUGUUUAUGAAGCCGUUCUACCUCUGCCUCUUUGUGCCUCAAAGAGGGGAUGCAGGCAGCCUGUUCAAAAAAGUAAAGAUGAUCCUACUCCUGCAGAUUUCCAGCUGACUGAACUAGUAGAUAUUCAGUUUACCACAACAGGGCCUGAAGAAGGUUGGAUUGAAUAUAUCCUUGCUGUACCUGCCGAUGAGUUUGUCAAAGAGUUACUGGUAGCUGAUGACUCAGUAGAUCGGCGUGGAGAAUACAUUCAAGAGUGUGGAAAAAACAGUUUCUAUAUACCCACCAGUGUAGAGGAUGGUUUCUGUAAAGCCUCUGUUGUCUCCGUGUCCUCUGACUUCAAUGAUGGAGCACUAAAAUGUGAUUGCAACCCUGAGGGUAGCCAGGACCAAUACACUUGUGAGAAGUUUGGUGGACAGUGUUUCUGUAAAUACAACGUGAUUGGACGGUCCUGUGAGCGCUGCGCACCUGGUUUUUUUGGAUUCCCGAAUUGUAAACAGUGCAACUGCCCCUCUACUGCCACAUGUAACGAGGAGACUGGAGACUGUAUUUGUGCUCCCUUUGUAACAGGAACCCCUGAGAACCCUUGCUCACAGUGUGAGGAGAAUACAUUUGGAUAUGAUCCUAUUACUGGUUGCCAGGAGUGCAAGUGUCUUCUGGAGGGAACUAUUGCAGGAAAUAUGUCCUGUACCCAAGAGUCUGGUCAGUGUGCCUGUAAGGAUAAUGUUGAGGGUAGAACUUGUGAUCAUUGUACGUACGGUUCCUACCAAUAUCCUGAUUGUCAAACCUGUGAUUGUGAUAUCUCAGGAACCACUGAAAGAAUUUGUGAUCAGUCGACAGCCGAAUGUUUGUGUAAACCCUUCGUAGGAGGAGAGAAAUGUGAUUCCUGUCAGGAUGGAUACUUCAAUCUCCAGGAUAACAACCCUGAUGGUUGUACAGAAUGUUUCUGCUUUGGAAAAACCAAAUUAUGUUCUCCUCAUCCUUCUCUUAAACAAACACAGAUUUUGGAUAUGUCUGAGUGGACGGGAGUAUCCAUGUUGGUUUCAAGAAACCCAGAAAUUCAAGAAAUGGAUAUAGAGCCCUUGACGAAUUACGGUGGGGUGCUCAACAUGGAUUUUAAUGCAAUCGACUUUGAUCUUGAGACAAAGAUAUUUUACUUCAGCAGUCCUCCCAGCUAUGCUGGCAGCCAUAUCGGAAGUUAUGGUAGCAAUAUUAAGUACAAUAUUUCAUACUACGGAGAAACUGGUCCUGGAUCUAAGCGAGCCCCAGAUGUUGUUCUAAUGGGAGCUGAUUCAUUCAUUUUCUUUUACUCAGGAAGAAAGGUUGAGCAAGGUAUGGUUGAGAUGAGAGCUCCACUAGAACCUAGAUACUGGGUUCAACCUUCAGGAAACCCUGUCUCUAGAUCAAACCUCAUGGUUCUACUCAAUAGUCUACAGAGAAUAUAUAUCAGAGGUUCCUAUUCUGCCAGUUACUCUGCCCAGUCCAGGAUAGAAAAUGUUCUACUGGAAACUACUCAGGAAGAUGAAGAGAUUUCUGACAGUGCUGUACAGUCCGUAGAGCUUUGUACAUGCCCUGAAGGAUAUGAAGGAAGCUCCUGUGAGAUGUGCUCUCCUGGAUAUUGGAGUGAAACCUCGGAUAAAUGGGGACCUAUCUGCAGACGGUGUAACUGCAACGGUCAUGCGGAUGUGUGUCAUCCUGUAACAGGAGAGUGUGCUACUUACGUUCCAAUCUCUCCACCAGAGGGUUUGCCAUACACCAGAUUAAACUUCUGUCACUACUAUCCUGACCGAUGUGUAGAGGACACAACUGUCAAUCAUUGCAGUGAUAAUACCCGAGGCCGUUACUGUGAAUUGUGCGAGGUCGGAUACUAUGGGGAUGCAACACAAGGAGGUCCAGAGGCUUGUCAAGCCUGUCCAUGUCCUCGACCAGAAAACAAUUUUGCUGAAUCUUGUGAUGAGCUGUUUACUGGUGCUACUCCUGAAGAACAGUUUUGUACCUGUAAAACUAACUAUGUUGGGGAUCGGUGUGAGUCCUGUGGAGCUGGAUAUUACGGGAACCUGGAGGAGGAGCAAGGUUUCUGCAAACCCUGCUCAUGUAACGGAAAUAUUAAUGUAACCGAUCCAGUCGGUUGCAACCAUAUUACUGGUCUUUGUGAGCUUUGUCUGUUUAACACUUACGGAGAAGAAUGUGAGCGAUGUGAGCCAUGGUUCUUUGGUGACGCGAUCAGUGCUAAGAACUGUGAAGAGUGCGAUUGUAAUAGGGAUGGUACAGAAGAGUGCGAUCAUAUAAAUGGACAGUGUAAAUGCUUCCCUGGCGUUGAGGGUGAGCGAUGUGAUCGUUGUCAAGCUGAUCAUUUCGGAUUCAAGUUUGGAGGUUGUUCGCCCUGCGAGUGUAGUGAGGCAAGUGUAAGUUCUCAAUGUGAUCUUGAGACUGGACAAUGUAUCUGUAGACCUGGAGUGGUUGGAGCCAAGUGUAGCAGAUGUCUCAAUGGUUUCUGGAACCUCAGUCCCUCUGGUUGUGAGAGCUGUGGUUGCAACACUGACUUUGCUGUUGGAGGAGGAUGUAACCAAGUCAGUGGCCAGUGCGAAUGUCUACCUGGAGUCAUUGGACAGAACUGUGAUCGUUGUCCUGAAAACUGGAUCUUGGUGAUGAAUGAGACACGAACUGUGAUGCCGGAGUGGAAGCAACCCUUCAAUUAUGAUGAGGGAUGUUUCCCAUGUUCCUCAUGUGUUGAAGAUCUGAUGGAAAGCACUAAUGCUAUUAUUAACACAUUGUCUCCUAUAAUGGAGGAGUUUAGAGAGACUGAAAAGAGUUUCUACGCCUAUCGAAGAUUGAAUUUUAUCGGAAAUGAGAUUGCCAGAUUAAAGCCAGAGAUUGCUUUGCUGGAUCCCGCAGAAGGAAACAGAAGAGUUAAACCAUUGGAGGACGAGGUUAAUAAUCUUCACUGGACAUCAAAAUCUUUAAACAUAGACUUUAAGCAAAGUCUUAUGGAUGAAUUAUCAAGACAAGCUGAAGCUGUAUCUGUUGAUGGUAGCAAUGCUGUUGCAGAAAUGGGAGAGGUUGGAGUUAAAAUCAUGGCAGUUAUAAAGGAUGUUAAAGAUGUGUCUGAAUAUCUAGGAGAAGGAGCACCAACAAAAGAACUUCUGGAUACUUCAAUCAAGACAGGACGAGAUCUUCUUGAAUCAAUGCAGAACAGAGAACUAGCUCCUAUCAGAGAUCAAGCAGUUGAGGAGAGAGAGAAGUCAAGAAACCUAGUGGAAAAAGUCAAGGAAUGGUCAAAACCUGUAAACGUAUUCAAAACGAAUGUGAAUAAAACUGACGAGAUGUUGACUGAGUUUGAGUCCAACCUAAAUGAUUUGUAUGAACAUGCAUUAACUGCUGACCAAAUGUCAACUGAAGCACAACAAGGUAACUUUCAAAACUCUGCCCCUCAGGCCCAAGCAAAGAUUGGGAGAAUCAAUCAGUUGAAUGAAGAAUCUAAAAAGAAGGAUAAGGCAGGGAGAAGGAUGAUAACUGAAGCAGAAGAGUUCAUCAAGCUUGCCAAGGAUGCCUACCAAAGUCUUGAUGACAAAAAGGAUGAGAUGGAUGAAUUUCAAGAUCGGUUUAGUGAUAGAGAGCGAACAUUUGAGAGUUCAAGGGAGAAUAUUUUCGAACUGGAAGGACAGGCUGCCAUGAAAGCUGAAGAUUUGGCUUAUCAGGCAAAUGAACUUGAGACUAUUGCAGAAAGAGCCAAACUGCCGGCAGAAAAUGCUCUUCAGGCAGCUAUGUCUUAUGAAAAUAUCUUAAAUGCUGUAUCAGAUGCCGACAUGGCGGCUAAGGCUGCUUAUGUAGACGCUGAAGAGGCCUUUGUCAUGAGUGACGGUGUUGCUGCUAAGGCAAAUGUUGCACUAAAAGAGAUUGAAAUGAUGUAUGAUGAUGCAGUAAAUGCUGAGGCUACUGUCCAGAAUGUUCUGAUCCCUGACCUUGCAAACUCUGUUGUCAGGGUUCAAGAUUUAUCUGAACAAACUAAAUUAGUGAAGCAAAACCUAGGGAUUAUUUCAAAACAAAUCGAGAAGAUGGGAGAUCUCAGCAGUACCAUUAAGUCUACGAAGGAUGAGGCCAGUAAAGCUCAGACUGAUGCUCAUGAUGCUCUUACUUCAAUUAACGCCAGAGCUUCAGAAAUUAGUCAGAACAAGGAGAGGGCAUAUCAGCUGAGAAACGAGUAUUCUGCCAUGAACUUGCACUUGGCAAACACUGAGAAAGCUCUUAGAGACUAUGUGGAGAACCCUGGUAGGGAAAAGAGGGAUGCUUACCAAGACUAUGAUAUCAACUCCAGACUUCAAAGGCUUACAGAAAGGAAAGAAUUUAUUUUGAGUACAGGAGAUAGGAUCAACGAUCUAGUUAAGUCAAUCAAGGAAAAGGUCGGAGAUGCCAGAGGCCUUCUUGCUGGAAUUGAGAAUCCUGGAGUCACGUUCAACCGUGGAUCUAACCUCGAAGUUGCAACUCCAGAUCAUGUUGAGGAUUUGGCUUUGAAAACUGAUGUUUCCUUCUACAUGAACAUCUCAAACUCUGGGGAGGAUAAUGAGAGAGACUUCUUGUUUUACCUCGGCAACUUGGAGGAAACAUACAAGAAGAUCCCCAGCACACUCACAGAUGAUUACAUGGCACUGCAGGUAGGGAAGGAAGGACAUGUUACACUAACUAUGGAUCUUGGAGCUGGACCUCUGGAGCUCAGAUCUAAUUCUCCAGUACCAUACAACGACUGGGUGAAGGUUGAUGUAUCGAGACGAGGAUAUGAAGUAAACCUAUCUGUAAGUACAGAGAAGGAUAUUGGUAACAUUGAGACGGAUACAGUCAGCGACUACCUUCCUUAUCUGGAUGACAAAGGACAACCAUUUGGAUCCGUGUUCAACCUGCAUCAGGAGUACUCUAGAAUAUUUGUUGGAGGGUUUCCAACUGAGAAGAAGGUUCAAAGUAAGAUCACCUCCACAGAUAUGGAAGGACAGGUGGAGGGAUUGAAGAUUAACGGGAAACCUGUCGGACUUUGGAACUUGAAGAGCUCUAAGAUGAUAUCUGGAGCUUCUACCAGGAACAAGUUUAACUCUGUGAAGGAGAAUGAGGCUAGGUUUAGUGGAGAUGGAUACAUAUCUCUAGACCCAACGAACUACUACACAGAAGGUGUCACAUCCUCUAUUUCCUUGAGAGUACGACCUCAGAGCCUCAACGGACUAAUCUUCGUCCUGCUCCGAGAAGGUGGGGAUCAAUUCCUGGCACUGGAGCUCCAGGACGGAUAUCUAUCCUUGAAGUUUGCAAUGGAAUCAGUUGGAUCAGUAGAUAUUAGGUCUCCUCUACCCUUGAACCUGAACUCCUGGUACACCAUAAACCUAGACAGGACAGGGAUGAUCGGAUCCAUCAGUAUUGAUGGUGUCCCUGUAGCACAGAACGGUUUGUCUGAUGAGGACGGAGAGUUCAUGCUGAUGACUGAUCUGUUCAUUGGUGGAACACCACCUGGAUCCAGCUAUCCUGUUCUAAGCCAAGGAUUCUCAGGUUGCAUUUCUCAUGUAAAAAUUGAACCAGAUCAUGUGGACUUAGAGAGAAACCUGGACUCUGUUAAUACAUCUCCGUCCUGUAAGGUUCAGAGUAAGAACACAAUAUCCUUCCUGGAAGGAAGUCCAGGCUAUGUUAGAAUGCCGGAUACUGAGACAAACGGAUCCAUCAGCUUUAGUUUUAUGUUUAGAACUUCGGCUGUUCAAGGACUUCUCUUGUACAUGGUGGACGAUACUGGUAUGUUCUACGUGUCUUUGUCAAUGGUAGAUGGAGCUCUUCAUCUUUACACUCAUCCUGACAAUGAGUUGGUCACCACUGAUUUACAAAACCAACCUACAAGGUUUAAUGAUAACAAAUGGCACAUUGUCUCUGUAUCUAUCACAGCUAAUCCUGAACUAAGUAUUAAAAUGCAUAUUAAUGAUUACUAUGUAGUUGCUCCCUAUGAGGUUCAGAAUAUACCUCUUGUGGUUCCAGGUACAGGUUACUCUGUGUACUAUGGAGGACUACCGGAGAAACUCCGACCUCUUAUGUCUGGAGUAUCAGCUCAUGAAGGACCAUUUAUUGGAUGUAUCAAGGACGCCAUAAUGAUGAAUAUAUACCAGAACUUCCAUGAUGCUGAGUCUAUGACUGGGGCAAGCUUAGGGGAGUGUGGAUCUAUGGAUAUCAUAACAAGGAUUGGACCUGAUGUAGCAACUGCUGUUGAAACUGUUGAACCGGUUGAUCCUGAAGAUGCAGGGUUGGACGAAUAUGAUCCGAAGGAACUCUACAAUGAGAGAAUAAACACAAGUCCUGAAGUGUAUGGACAAUGUAAACUUCCAUUAUCCCCAGCCUACGACACUGAUCUCUCUGCUGAGUCCGGAAUGAGGUUUGGAAUGAAGAGUGACAGUUUCAUAGAGUACAUGAAGAAAAAGUUACCAGAGCAGAUGAAAGAGAAAUCCAGAUUUGAUCUUGAGUUCAAGACAACACACGAUAAUGGUCUUCUUCUCUUUAUGAAACAUGAAGAGAGAUCAGACUUCUUAGCGCUGUUUAUCAAAAAUGGAAAACUGAUCUUCAGUUUUGAUUGCGGAUCCGGACCCUCACAUCUGGAGACUCCUUUCACUGUAAAUGAUGGACAGUGGCAUACUGCGGAUAUUAGUCGGGUUGGAAAUGAAGGAAAACUAGUGUUUGAUUCCAGGGAGGUCAAGGUUCCAGACCAUGGUAGGUAUUCAUCUAGUAACACCAAGAUUAUGGAGGUUUCCCCGAACCUAUAUAUGGGAGGACUGGAUGAGGAAAUGAGGACAAACGUAGAUAUUAAACGUAAGCUGGAGUUCAACAACUUGGACAUUAUCCCAGGAUUCAUCGGUUGCAUGAGAAAGGUUAGGUUUGAGGUUACAAAGAGUAACAAGAGACGAAUGAAGUCUCUAGGUAGGUGGCAGAAGAAUAACAAUGUUAUUCCUUGCUCGGAGAAGGUUGAACCUGGAUAUUUCCUUGGACCGGAGGGAGGACGAAUCAAGGGGUUCCGAAGAUUCAGAGUAGGAAUAGAUUUCGACGCUAGUAUGAUGAUUAAACCGAGAAAUAUCUCCGGUCUUCUCCUGGCUGUCAGAGGGAGAAGAGAUUACGCAAUCCUGCAAAUGGUAGAUGGAGCUAUUCAGUUUAUGGUGGAUAAUGGCCGAGGUCCUAUUAGUGCUACUUUUAAGCCUGAUGACAGGUUCCAGUUCUGUAACGGAGAGUGGCAUGAAAUUCAUGCUGUGAAAGCGAAGAACGUGGUCACACUAUCGGUUAACAAGAUAUUUGCCCAGCCCGGAAUAGGUGUACCUGGAGUAAGCUCUACAGAUACUAACAACCCGUUGUUUUUCGGUGGACACCCCUACCCUGCCCGUCUAGGAUUAGACUACUACACUCCAUUCGUUGGUUGCAUAAAGGAUAUUAGUGUAGAAGGAAAACAAUUGAAGAUUACUGAUGAUAUGCUCUCUGGAGAUGUACAUGCUAACGUCUGCCCUACUAUUUAACACUGCCAAUAUUUAAGUUUAAAAUUUGUACUAUUCUACUUAUGUAAUUUGUACUCUACUACUCAUGUAAUUUGUACUCUUCUACUCAUGUAAUUUGUACUCUUCUACUCAUGUAAUUUGUACUCUUCUACUCAUGAAAUUUGGGCUCUUAUACUAAUGUAAUUUGUAUACUCUUCUACUCAUGUAAUUUGUACUCUUCUACUCAUGUUAUUUGUACUCUUCUACUUAUGUAAUUUGUACUCUUCUACUCAUGUAAUUUGUACUCUUCUACUUAUGUAAUUUGUACUCUUCUACUCGUGUAUUUUGUACUCUUCUACUCAUGUAAUUUGUACUCAUCUACUCAUGAAAUUUGUACUCUUCUACUAAUGUAAUGUGUACUCUUCUACUCAUGUAAUUUCUACUGUUCUACUCAUGCAAUUUCUACUGUUCUACUCAUGUAAUUUCUACUGUUCUACUCAUGUAAUUUGUACUCUUCUACUUAUGAAAUAUGUACUCUUCCACUCAUGUAAUUUGUACUCUUCUACUUAUCUUAUGAAAUAUGUACUCUUCUACUCAUGUAAUUUGUACUCUUCUACUUAUGUAAUUUGUACUCUUCUACUCAUGUAAUUUGUACUCUUCAACUUAUGUAAUUUUUACUCUUCCACUCGUGUAUUUUGUACUCUUCUACUUGUGAAGUUUGUACUCUUCUAAGUUCUACUCAUGUAUUUUGUACUCUUCUACUCUUGUAAUGCGUACUCCUCUGCUUAAGUAAUAAGUAAUUUGUACUCUUCUACUCAUGUAAUUUGUACUCUUCUACUAAUGUAAUGUGUACUCUUCUACUAAUGUAAUGUGUACUCUUCUACUCAUGUAAUUUGUACUCUUCUACUUAUGUAAUUUAUACUGAAGUAAUUUGUACUCUUCUACUUAUGUAGUUUUUGUACUUUCAUGCACUGAUGUAAUUUAUACUCUUGUACUUUUGUAAUUUGUAUCUUAUCUUAUUUGAUUUUUUCUGAAUUCAAAUAUACGUAAAUGAUUUUGAA